GAGAGAGAGGGGAGAGAACACAUCGCAGCAGAGAUGCAGCAGGAGGUUUUCCGAGAUUUCGGGGGCUGGUCAUGGUGUCCGGUGAGAAAGCGUGGGAUCCCCACCACGCGUGCCAUUUUCAGCCACAUCUGAGUGAAAAACACCGGGCUCCUGGCCCCAGUCCCCUCUACGACUCUUCGUAUAUUGCUGCUAAAGACACUGCGCUCCACAGAAGCCGGCGGUUAUCACCUGUGUCUUCCCCGGUGUCGCUGCUGGAGCCCCUCAGCAACGUUCACCCCUCCUCAGAGUUACAUCCACCAGCUAGCCUUUACAGCCAGAGUGAGACUGAAGGACUACACCUCCCUGUCCACUAUCCUGGUGUGGCCUCUCACUCUGAGGAGGAGGAAGCAGAACAGCUGGACAUGAAGGGGAAAAGGCUCGGAUGUCGUGUAGAGGCCACGAUGGAGGACAAGCUGGAUGACAUGGGGGAUGGACCUAAGAAUGCCAAAAUCACCCUGAGCUUCCCGCUCAGUGCAGCCCCCCUCCCGACAUCUCUGACCUCACCAAACCACUGUCACAGCUCUUCCUCAUCAUCUCCUUCUCCCCACCGACGGCGACUGUCAUCCAAGAGCUCCGACAAGGGCUCCCUGUGGAAACUGGACGCCACCACGGACGUAAAGCACCGACCUUUUAAGCCGCCAAGACACGACAGCUCUCCGUCCUCUUCGCCCUCCUCCUCCUCCUCCCCCAUGAGUGUCCCUGCCUUCAUGAGGAGGGAUUUAAAAUCUCCGCCUCCUCUGAAGUGCUCCAAACUCAACUCAGAGACUCAGAUUCACAGGUCACCCCCAAGAUCUUCCAGCGCAUCUCUAGGCGGCUGUUUUGGUGGGGACGGUUGGGGUGACAGGUACAACGGCAAGGCCUCCCCCUCCCAGACGGCUCAGAUCCUCUUCAGUCUGGGCACGUCAGCCUAUCAGAGAGGCGGGGAGGUCGAGAGGAGGGAAAAGUUGUCAGGGAGGCCAGCUGGGAAAGCAGGGAGCCCCCACGGACCAAGCCUUCACCCACCCACCCUCCAUUUCCCUCCCCCCUUACCUCCACCACCUCCCCCACCUUCCGAGGGUCUUACUGCACCUCCUCACUCAUCCUCCUACCCCCCCACCGACAGCCUGAAGCCAGAGCUGAUUUGUGGUGUGUGUCAUCGGCUCUUCAGCUCAGCCUCCUCCCUCACGGUCCACAUGCGUCUGCACCGUGGCAGUCGCGCCCUCAGCUGCCGCUGCUGUGGCAAAGUCUUCAUCCACAGCAAGAGACUGCAGUCCCACGAGACAUCCUGCAGGGUGCCUAGCCUGUCAUCCAACAGCCUGCGCCCCCCUCCUCCUCCACUCAAUGUGCAGCCAAAAGAAGAGCCACUGGAGGAAGGAGAGGUGAGAGUGGAGGGGGGAGUGAUAGUGGGACGAACAGACAUCAUUAAGGCACGGCCCGGAAAGAAGGCGAGGAGCCUCCUGGCACGUAUCCAAGGUGAUGACGCUGCAGCCGGAGAGCUGCUGGCGGGAGACGAGAACCAUUUUGUGAAGGUGGUGGACGGCAACAUCAUCUACUUCUGCUCCGUGUGCGAGCGCUCCUACAUGACCCUGUCCAGCCUGAAGCGCCACUCUAACGUUCACUCAUGGCGGCGUAAAUAUCCGUGCCAUUACUGCGACAAGGUCUUUGCUCUGGCCGAGUAUCGCACAAAGCACGAGGUGUGGCACACGGGGGAGCGACGAUACCAGUGCAUCUUCUGUUGGGACGCCUUUGCCACCUACUACAACUUGAAAACACACCAGAAGACCAUCCAUGGGAUCAAUCCGAGCCUCAUCUCCAGUGAAAAGACGGCUAAUGGGGGUUAUAAACAGAAAGCAAAUGCCCUCAAGCUCUAUCGCCUUCUCCCCAUGCGCUCCCAGAAGAGACCCUACAAAACCUAUAGUGACAGCCUGCAUAAUGGCCUUCUUCUUCCUCCAGCUGAAUCCCCCUCCCUCUCCCUGCCUGGCCUGGGCUGUACUUUAGCCCCUGAAAAUCUGCAAAGCCUCAUCACUGGAGCCCCCCCUCAAAGUGUGAAGCCUGAUCCAGAUGCUUUCCCUGAUGAGUUUCCAGUUUCUAUUACUGCUGAGCACGGGGACAUUUCUGCACUAACACCCCUACCCCAGACUGAUGCAGCUCAAGUUAGAAAACAUGAGAGUGAGACUUCAGAAUCAGAGCAGGACAGAGGCAGCUUCAAAAUGUCCAACAGCAGCAAAAACAAACCUUUUAAGGCUGGUAUAGGCACAGAAACAAGCAUGCCUUCUGUGAUAACGUACGGCCACACUAAACCCUCCGUUAUAGUUCACGGAGCCACAGUGUCAUCCUCUGUCAUUGUGCAUAGCAAUCAGGUUUCCUCUGGAACUAAUAAAAGUCCAGUGAACAGCUCGUCCCCUGAAACAAGUAGCAGUCAAACUUUAAUUAAAGGUAGUCCUAGACCAAUCAAAAAGCAUAGGGACAGCACAGAUAAUCACAGAAAGAGGUCUAAAAACAGUUCAGACACCACAGAGGAGGGCUCCAGAGGCAGACAGGAUGCUGAGACAGGCAUAUUAUUUCACAAAUCACGCAAGUCCCACAGCAAGAGCAAUAUCCCCGUCUCAAAGCAGCUGUCAGCACCUGUGGGGUCACAGGUCAAAGAGGCGGGGCCCCUGUGCCAGAUUACUGUACGCAUUGGCGAGGAGGCCAUAGUGAAGCGUAGCAUCUCCGAGACCGAUCUGAGGAGAGACAAGAGCCUUUCUCCUCCAAAAAUUAAACGGAGUGAAACAUCAUCGUCAAAGGAGGCUCACGCUCACCACCAUCACCAUAAACACCGCCUCCAGAGCAAGGCUGCCCUGGCAACAGAGGGCGAGGAGGAGGCAGGAGGUUGUGAGGAGGAGGAGGCCAGGAGAGAAAUCUCCAAAUCUCCAGAUCAGGUGAGGGAGUACUACUUCCGUAAGGGGGUGCGUGAACAGGACAGUGAUAAUGACAUGGAGGAUAACUUAUGGCGACCUUACUACUCCUAUAAGCCUAAGAGAAAGGCUCAAGCACAUCUACAGAGAGUGAAGAGCUGGCAACAGAAACAUAAAUACAAACGCUCCAUCCGACUGAAGAGGAGGGCAGAGAGACUCAAAAGGCUUCUGAACAAACAAACAGAGAAAUCACAAGAUGAGGACAAUGACGGGACGACCGAAGAGGCUGAAAAACUGUCAAAAUCUAAUGAGGCCAUGGAAGAAAGAAAAGAGACAGAUAAUCACUUGUCCCCUUCAAAGGAGAAACAAACUGAUCCAGAAGAACAGAUUCAAGAGACCCGUCGUGAGGCUGCCACCCCUCCUGUUUCCUCUCCAAAGCCUCUUCUGUCUACCUCAGCGGUUCCUGCAAAAAUAAAGAGGCGGCCUUGGACAAACGGGAACGCAGCAGAGUGUGGCACAUGUGGCCGCUGGUUCUCAAGCCCCAGGAAGCGAGACAAACACGAGCUGAGCCACCUGCUGGAGUUUGUAUGCCUCUUCUGUCGAGCCACUUUCCCCUCAAGGGACAAGCUGGAAGACCACCAGAGAGUCCAACAUCCCAAGCCUACUGAGGCCCCCUCUGUGCCCUCUAAAUGUGGUGAACCAAUUGUAGGGGCGGAGAACAAAUCUGCGCCAGAAAUAGCAAAAUGUGAUGAAGACAAGGGGGGGCAAAUAGGCUUAGUGGGGAGCAAUUCUAGUCCAAGUCGGAUGAACAGAAGAGCAUUAUCACGACACACCUGUCUGCAGUGCCACAAGGUGUGCAAGACAUCCUCGGCAUUAAAUCGCCAUGUCCGACGUCAUGAGUUGAGCAGUUCUCCAGAGAGAGAAAAUGACGACAUGAACACAGAGCCACAGCCACCACCACGGACAUUUAUUAACGCUCUUUGCACAGAUCCAGAGGCCGAUAAAGGACAAACUCUCAGCGCUCUCUCUGUUUCAGUUAUCAGCUACUCAGCACCAGAUCCGCCCUGUGGAGGGCAGCCCGAGGACCAUCUAAAUGAACUUUCAGACAAACAUCUGAAAUCAGAUUCCAGUGAAAAACCUGAACUACAACUCUCAGAGGAUGACUCAAGACCACAAACCGCAGACCCUCCAUUAGAAAGUCCAGUGAACCUCGUGCCCUCUAAACCUGAACUCACGGCUGCCACACCCUCCCCCCUCCAGAGCGUACUCGUCAUGAAUGGGCCCGACUGUCUCGACUACCGCACCCCCAUCAAAAAAAGCCUGGACAGCCAGAUUUACAGAACACCCAGCCCUUUGCACUUCGCAACAUCCACCAACACCUCUCCAAAUGUGCCCGUGACAUCACAGACCAGAAUAAUCACUGCUGCUCCUCCUGUUUCCAUGGCAACACCUCCCAUCUCUGAGGGGGGAUUCGUGAGACGGGAUGGGGUCAUUAUCGACAGAGAAAGGCAGACGGGGAGCGGCACAGUUUUACGUGCAAGUUACGAGGAGUCACCUAUGGUCCAGGAUCUCAGAGUGCCUCUGUCCCGGAGCCCGUCUCCCAAUGAAGCACAAGACCUGACCAUGUCCUCGAUUUUAGCUCGAGAGAGGGAGGUAGAGAGGCAAAGAGAGAGAGAGAGGGAGCUGGAGAGGCAGAGGGAACGGGAGAGGAACAAAGAAAUUGAGAAAGAAAGAGAAAAAGAGAUUGAGAGGACCCAGAAAAUCUGUAGAGUUUCUCAUCCUCCGCAGGACCAAACUGCACUCCUGGUCCCUAAAGAGGAGCCCUUGAGCCCUGUGUCGUCUCCCCAUCAGAUCCCCCCACAGACCACUAUGAAUGGACCCCCUACACACAGACACACUUCCAAAUCCACCUGCAAGUCCCCCUCAUCUAUUGGGCCUAUAGUUCAAGCCAGCCGGCCAGUUCAUUCCAGUUUGCAGGGACUUGACAGACUCACGCUGCCCACUGGAGCAGCUGGUGCCGGUGACCGCCCCUCUGCACAUGCUCUGCUUCUUCCCCGGGUGCCUGAGCCGGAUCGCCUGGACACUGUUUCUUCCAGAGGUUCGCAGCAGGGAGACGCCACUCCAGCUGGCUACCCUGCCCAGGAUUACCCCCUUCCCCUCACUGUGCCAGACAGCUACCGCUCUGCUAAGAAGCAGGAGGAAAACCUGCUCAUGCCCUCUUAUCCACCUGGAGCACUUCCUUUCGGCCCCCUGGGGAAGGUGAUUGUACCCAACGGCGGCGACCUGGCCAAGUUGCCGUUCUAUCCAGACCCUUACCAGCUUCUCUAUGGGCCCCAGCUCUUAGCCUACCCUUACAACCUGGCAGCACUUCCUGUGGCUCUGAACAUGAUGGCUCCUGGAGGAGACAAGGUGGAGCCUCUGCCGUUCCUCCCCGCCAUCUUCAACUACGCAGCUACCGCUGGACCCUACAUGGGUGCUGUCCCUCCGCACCUCGUGGCAAACCCUGGCCUGUACGGGAGCGGCAGCAGCGUCGGUGGCAAAAAACAUCGAGACGGCAGCAGCAGCAAACAGUAGGACGCAGACGCUCCGUACGGAGAGGACAGCCUCGUCUGUUCUUGCUGGGAGUGGAAGGGCUCCAUGCUCACUUCCUCAGUACACUUGCACAUUACCCCUGACUCUCUUGUACCCCCUAUAGAGACCAGAGGAACCAGUGUGACAGGAGAAGUAGUGAAGAAACAGGGAGUAGAGACCAAUAAUUAUAAUAAUGACGUAUCAAAACUCUCCUGUCUUUACUCUGGCUCUUCUUUCCCUCCCAUUCCUUCGUAUUGCUGUUCUCGAGCGCGAUGAAUCUUCCUCUCCGACUCAUUAUAACAUCUAUAAGAUAAGAUAAGAACUGCUAACAGGGUGUGUGCCAUGUGAGCAAAUCGUCCUGUCUACUUCCCUUUAUAGGCACCGAGGAUAAACGCUCUUCAGGGAAGGCUUGUGUUGGCUCGGAUAGGAGCUCAGGCGGAGGAAAUGCACAGCUAUGUGUAUUUUAGCGAGUGAGAACGCAGGUUUUUUCCCUGUUGUCGCAAAAGCUAUAAAUGAUGUAGGGUGUGUGCAUGCAGCGGUGGGCUUAAUGCUGCGUAUGUGCGUGUGUGAAUGCGAACGUAUGAAUCUAGAUCAUUCCGUGUGAGACGCACACAGCAUUCCCACUCUAGUCGGAAUAGCUACUGUAUAUGUAGAAGUGCUUUUAGAAGUGAUUUUUUUUCUUUCUCUCGUAUCCAAAUCAUUAAAAAGUCAAAAACUUUGGCUGGAUGUGAGCGCGUGACAACAGAUCGUCAUAUCAUUAAGUCUGACUUCGAGGGCAAGGCGAGGAUAUGUAAAGCCUUCACAAUAGUUUAUAUUUUCUGUGCACAAAAUAGAAAACGUAGUGGUCGCUUAACGGGGGACACAUGUAGCUGCUUUGGAAAAUGUAGCUGGCCACUGGGUAAGAAGGAAAGGCUGGUGAACCGUUGCACUUCCGUUUUUCAUCUCAUUUCCUUCAAAUAAUUAAAAAGUACAAUAAAUAAAUAAAUAAAUGAAAACCAGUCAGCCUUCAUGUUGUGUAGCUUUUUUUCCCCUCUUGGAGAAAAGGCCCAAUUUCCUAAGACGGGGAGGAUAUAAAGCAAGGAAGAAAAAAUAAGAGAUUCAGGGUAUUUCUGGAUAGGAAGAUUAAUAUAUAGGCACACAACUGUUGGGACUCUGAAUCAGUAGGAUCCAACAAGAAACGACGCCGGGCGCAAAUAAGAACAACACAAGCCUGAUCCCGUGUCGUUUACCCAGUCGUAGGAAAAGGCUGAGCUUAGCAGCCAAAGUGUUGAGGCCGAAACUUUCCAGAUGCCCUCUUUGGAGGGGGCGGUUAUUAUUUUUUUUACAUGUAAUAUUAUCUUUAUAUGUUUGUUUUGUUAAACUAUGUUGUUGUUUAUGUUGUUUAGCCCUCUUACCUGAUGGAAGUGGCUUCAGUUGGGGGAGUAAAACUAAAAAAAAAACUGAAUGUAAAUGUAGUCAGAGGUUAAUGAAGUUCAGCUGCAUUAAUGGUAGAGUUGGUUUCAGUUCCUUUUCCUGUUUGCUUUGACACAAAUAACCUGUUAAAGAACCGUAUAACGUCUGGUAUGCAUAUAUACAGUAGUCCUAGGAAACAUGUCCGUAAAACUUGGGUUCUGUAUCCACAAAGCAUGAGCAACACUCGCUUCCUAACUGUUUAUACCCUCGGCAGAUCCGGCACCGUGCGCACUGCUUUUGUUUUUACGUUCUCCUGUUUUUUUUUGUUUUUUUUUCGCAUCUCUGUUACAAAUUUGACUUUUCAUUAUAAACAGUUUUGAGUUUUAAAGAAAGACAAAAAAAAAAGCCACAUUUUAGCACAUAGCUCGUUGCACCUUCUUCAAAAUGGACUACUUGUGUAUGAGUGUGUGUGUGUAUGCGAGAGAGCGAGAAAACCAAAACAAAUCAGCCUGAGCAGCGUCUCCCUUGGCAGAAAAUGGGCCAGCUCUUUAUUUUAAUUUUAUUUUAGAAAUCAUUUUUAUUCUGUGAAACAUUUCUGUGGGUUAGUUUUGAUGUUUAAAAAAAAAAAAAAAAAAAGAUCAAAUCAAAUGAAGCCUUGCUGUUCCAGUACACCGUCUCAAGCCAUUCCCGUAGGUGGCCAUGUUUGUAGUUCUCGGACCAUUUCUUACGCCACAGUUUGCCAUCACGGUGAUAACACAGACCAAAAGCAUGCGAAUCGACGUCUUGUGACUGGACUGGAACCUGGUGGUGAUUCACAACUAUUUACUGUACGUUUUAGUUCAAAUGAAUGUGCCUCUGCUUUGAUAUUUAAAUAACUAUUGUAAGACGCGGAUCUGCCGGAUUUCAACUGUUACGGUGCCUUGUUAUGGCAUAAGAAAUUCAAACGGUAAAUGAAAGUUGUUGUUUUUUUUUGUUUUUCUUAAGAGACGACCCAUUUGGAGAUGGAGUUUAUGGCUUUGUUUUUGCUAUGAAGCUGUUCAUAGAUGUAGGAGUGUGGCUAAACUGUUUUCGGUAUCGUGUACAUGUCUAGGGUAAUACUGUGCCAUAUAGAGCCCACAGAAUACGUUCAUGUUAUUUUUCAGAGAUGUUCUAAUGUUGCCUGAUGACUCUGUCUUUAGAUUUGAUACAAAGGCUUGUAGCCACAGCUCUCCCAAAGUCUGUAGUCUCCUCCUCCUCCCACAUUCUUCUCGUCUCCCUCCCUUUUCUCCUCGUUUCCGUCUCCCGUUUCUUUCUCUUUGCUGCAAUCAAACAGAAUAAAGUAUUAACCUGACGACCCAAUGACA